CAGCUUCCUCCCACAUAAGAAAAAACAUGUUAGGUUAAUUGGUCUUUCUAAAUUAAGGUCCGAAUGGUUGUGUGUAUUUAUGAUGAACUGGCGACUUGUCCAGGGUGUAUCCUGCUCACCAGCUCCCCUCAGCCCUGCAAGGACCAGUGGGUGUGGACAACGAGUGGAUGUUAGCUUUACAUCUGAACAGCUAAAAUGCUCUGCAGAUGGAACAGAAACAUAUUCAAUUGUAAAAUUAGUAUCUGGACUCUAUAAAACUGGACCAUCAAACUUUACAAUGUUUUUACAUUUUCCAAAUCCCAAUUUUUGCUGUUAACACUUGUUAUGUGUCAGGAAUGACAAUUUUUCCAACACACUGCUUUUUCUAAGUACAGAUAAAAUACUACAAAAGGUUGAGAGUAAAUUCUUGAGUUUUUGAGGAAUGUUUUUUUUUAAUCAAAUUAUUCUGCAUACAUGGAACUCAAACACUAGUCCCUACUGACAAGAAACUUGCCUGUUCGUCUUUAUUUAUACAAACCCAUCAGUUUAGAUCUAGACUGAAAUGUAAUUUAUGGAGAUUUCAUCUGAUACACAAACACAAAGUAGCACAUUAUUGUGAAGUCAAAGGAAAAGAAUACAUUGUUUUUAAAAGAUUUUGAAUGAAUAAAACUCUGAAAAGUGUACUUCACAUUUGCGUUGAGUCAUUUCUCUGCCUCCCUGCUCCACCAUGCCUUCAGAGGGGUUUCAAUGAUGACCACCAGCAUGAUAAGUUUGACCCUUUUCCUAAACAUGACUUUAAGUAUACGGUAUAAUCUCUGCUUACGUAUCAGUAAAUCCUCUUUUUACCAGUAGGGUUGUGCUUAAAGAGGAAUUAAAAGUAUUUGGGGACUGGUGCAGAAGGCAGGACCUUAAAUCCUUUAACAAACUACGAGCAAAAUUCAAGUCAUACAAACAUUAAAAUCUGAAACUGUGCAAAAAAGAUGGGUUUCAUCAAAAAGAUGAGACACGUCUUUUAUGCUUAAAUGUCUGACAAAGGUCAGGAACGUCUUUUCUUUUGAAUAUGUUCAAGACGUCCAGCCCUUUCAGUAGAUUAAAAACAUGAUGGUCAGCUAAAUUAUUUAGUGUUUGGAACAGGCACUAAAUAAAAAUAGCUCGACAUUCUUCUGUUAAAAACUGCGUUCUAUUUUAACACAAAAAAAAAAAAAUCUUGUUGCAUUUUUGGUUCUCAGUGCAAAAAGCAUUUAUGAGAAAAAUAAUCCGUUGCAAUCCGUUUUCAGGAAGCAUUUGUAUCAUAACGUGAUACAUUGUCUAAGUAAAAAAGAAAUACUUGUGUGUUACUGAACCUGGUUACCUCCUGCUUUUUUAACUUGAUAAAUAAAAACCAGAUCGGUCUCCAUCGUGGGCGGUGACUGAGUACUCACUCACCAUCUCCUCCUCCAACUCUCUGAGGUUGCAUUCCCUCCACAAGAGAAUCUUAAAAAGAUUCAGUAAUAAAACUGUGGCUUAUUUAAAGGUAGCUGUAACAGGUGCCUUUUUAAUUAAUCUUUUUCUAAAUUUCCAAAACUAUAUACAUUUUUUUGCAUUAUUAUUCCUUGACUUCUGUCACCUGGAAAAUAAGGUUUAUUUUUGAUGAAACUGACACAUCAGUUAAACUAAAUGAAAGUAUUCAGACUUCUAUGACUAUUUGAUGUUUGAUUUCCUGUGACUGAAUUUUAUUCAAUCAUCACAUAACAGCAUUAUGGCAGUAAAACACAAACCAAUCUGUGCUGUAAAUAAAGUGACAGACAUAAAUAUAUAUCGGUUUUAUAUUCACUGGAGCUAGUGUGUCUUUUUUUCAUCCAAAGUUGUGUAUAAAAAGCAAAAUUAAAAAAGAGCUAAUGGACGAAAAUAGAGCUCCUUCAACCACAGAAAAACCUUCCUCCAUCUCAUGUUCCUCUGUGGAAGAGCUGGGAUGCAUUCACGGCUUGUUUUUGCUGCCACCAAGUGGACAAAAAACGCCUAACAACUAACGCGUGAUUAUUUGCAGGUGUGAAGCGAGUGUGGAGAUAAAUACAUGCAGAUUAAGUCUAGAAAGAGUCUGGCUUCUCCCCUUGGCAGCUGCACAGAUCUUGACAUGUUUCAGAGCCUGAUUUUCACAGUGCUAUGUGGCGUCACAUUGACCUCUACAAUGUCACAUCUUGAAAAGCACUGGGAGCUGUGGAAGAGGACUCAUAACAAGCUGUACGCUCAUCAGGUUGAAGAGUUGGGUCGCAGACGGUUAUGGGAACAGAAUCUGGAAAUGAUAAAUGUCCAUAACUUGGAGACUUCCCUUGGCUUGCACACCUAUGAGCUGGGAAUGAACCACCUGGGGGACCUGACCACUGAGGAGAUCACGUCAUCUCUCGUAGGAACUGUUGUACCAUCAGAGCUGGAGCGGGUUCCUUAUGGAUUCCUCAAGGUCAACAAAUCUCUGCCAGCUUCACUGGAUUGGAGAGAUAGCGGGCUGGUGACAUCAGUAAAAUCACAGGGUGCUUGUGGUUCUAGCUGGGCAUUUAGUUCAGUUGGUGCCCUGGAGGGGCAACUAAAGAAGACUACAGGCAUCUUGAUGUCCCUCAGUCCUCAGAAUCUUGUGGAUUGUUCUUCAAAAUAUGGCAACUAUGGCUGCAGAGGCGGAUUCAUGACAAAUGCCUUCCAGUACGUCAUCAACAACCAAGGCAUUAGCUCUGAUGCUGCGUAUCCCUACAUUGGUAGACGAGGUCAGUGCAAGUACGACCCAACGUAUCGGGCAGCUAACUGCUCAGGGUAUUGCUUCUUGCCAAAAGGUGAUGAGUUUGCCUUGAAGAUGGCCCUGGCAAACAUCGGCCCCAUUGCUGUUGCUAUUGAUGCUUCAAGGCCAAAAUUUCUCUUCUACAGUCAUGGUGUCUACAAAGACCAUUCAUGCUCUCACAAUGUAAACCAUGGAGUCCUGGCUGUAGGAUAUGGCACUGAAAAUGGAGAGGACUAUUGGCUAAUCAAAAACAGUUGGGGUACAACCUAUGGAGACGAAGGCUAUAUCAAAAUGGCUCGUAACAGAAACAACCAGUGUGGAGUCGCCCUCUAUGCAUGUUUUCCCAUUAUGUGACCAAUAAACUUUAUGAAUAUUUUUUGAGUUGGCAA